UGUGUCGCUUGAAAAAUGAAAACCAUGAAAACCCUAACUUUACCGAGAGCUUCCUCUCCCCAAUCCUGUGCCUCCCUCUCCUCGAUUUGUACUCUAUUUCGAUUUGAGAUGAAGAUUUUUAUCGGUGCUGCUACUUCCGGGUUUGUGCAGGAUUGGAUACAACAUGGUCAUUUAUGUGGUGGAGAGGGAGUCCUGGAGGUCAUCGUCAACCAGAGAUUGCUAAUGUUCUUUCCUGAGGCAAAUGAGGUUACUAUUGCAAGACAUACAACCUUUGAGGAUGUUCAUGAAGGGGAUUAUCUAACAAAACCAUCCUCAUUCAAAGAUUCCGGUGUUACAACAAAGGUCAAAAUGGCAGCCCACCUACAAUGUCAAUGCAUUUUCUGCUUAAUCUUUGUCAUUUUUGGAUCUUGGCAAGGUUUGGAGCGUAUCAAACCUUUGCAUUUAUGGCCCGAUCCAUUGCCUCCUUCAUGCUCCAGACCAAGCUCUCCAUCAAGCCAAGUGGCGGGUGAAGCUGGAGCCAGAGCGCGCGCCAAGUGACAGCGACAGCCGGACGCGGCAGCGGCGGUAGGCAGCGUGCGCCAAGUAACGGGGCAGGUGGAUGCCGUAGCAGCGGCUCCCCCUCCCCCUUCUCUUCAUCUCUCUAUUGGGUAAGUCGAUCCCUCCUAUUGUCCAUUGGAAAUGCCAUAUAUACACUUCGCAGGAAGCUGCUGCACCACAUACUGUCUACCUUGUGUGUUAAUGCUCAAGGUUUUCCAUGCUACCCAGUGCUAGAGUAGUUCUUGCUUGUGUAUUGUUCUUUUUAUGCAUCUCAAAGCAAUGUGAAACUGGUAUCUUUUGCUAUAUACAUCUUCCUUAAACAUAAAAUAUUAAUUUUAAAGUUCAACAAGUGGCUAUCUAAGCUUUUCUUCAGUUCUGAAUGUUGUGGAGAAAUAUAGAGCAGCGAUGGUAUUAUCUAGGUGGUCCAAGCACUUCAUAUUCAUCCAGUCAGAUGGAUCGGUUUCUAUUUUCAGCAGAGUAAUAAUCUCUAUAAGAAAAACUGAAGUGCAGAUCACCCACCACAGCCUUUUAAUUACCUUACUACAUGGCUAACUAUCA